ACCAUGGAAGGAAACAAACCUUAUCUAGCUGUGAUCCUCGUACAAUCCAUCUAUGCUGCCAUGUUUCUUCUCUCAAAAGCCGCAUUCGACCAUGGCAUGAACAAUUUCAUCUUUGUCUUCUAUAGACAAGCCUUUGCCACUAUUUUCCUUCUCCCUUUUUCUUUCUUCUUUGAAUGGAAAACUGCACCGCCCUUGUCCUUCAUCACCUUCUGCAAGAUCUUCUUCAUUUCUUUCAUUGGGAUCACUGCGAGCUUGGACAUAUAUGGUAUUGCUCUUAUUUACACUUCUGCUACUUUGGCUGCUGCCACCACAAACUCCCUUCCAGUCAUUACCUUCUUCUUGGCGCUCCUACUAAGGAUUGAAUCUUUGAAAGUAAAGACAGCCGCUGGGGUUGCUAAGUUGGUUGGCGUAGUGGCAUGCUUGGCUGGAGUAGCAACCCUUGCUUUCUAUAAAGGACCUCAUUUCGAACUUUUAAGCCAUAGUCACAUUUUGGGGAACCAUAAAAGACAACAAAAUUUGGGUCGUGUUCAAUCUGGAUCAUGGAUAAAGGGUUGCUUCCUUUUGCUCCUCUCCAACACCUGUUGGGGAAUUUGGCUUGUGCUACAGACAUUUGUCGUAAAAAGUUACCCUUCAAAGCUGCUGCUUACAAAUCUUCAGUGUUUCUUAAGCUCAAUUCAGUCUUUCGUCGUUGCCUUGGCUGUAGAAAGGGACAUUGAGCAAUGGAAGUUGGGUUGGAAUGUUAGACUUCUCGCCGUAGUAUACUGUGGAAUUGUGGUGACUGGUUUCACUUAUUACUUGCAAACAUGGGUUAUACACAAGAAAGGACCGGUGUUUCUUGCCAUGUCAACACCACUGGCACUGAUCAUGACCAUCUUCUCCUCUGCAAUUCUCUUGGGCGAGAUAAUAAGUUUGGGAAGCCUUUUAGGAGGAGGCGCUUUGGUUUUUGGACUGUACUGCGUGCUGUGGGGAAAGAGCAGAGAGCAAAGGCCAAAAGCCUCGUUAGACUUGGAGCAGCCAUCCGUUAAUUAGAGUGAUUCACAACUGAUAUCAUAUGUCAUUUAUUUUUCAGAGUUUUAAAUUGGGAGAAAAUGUAUCAUUGUGAAAAGGGCAAUAUACUAUAAAAGAUUAAUUAGAAAGUGCCAAAAUUCUGUAGUUAAUAGUUAAUACACGCCAUUUAAG